UAAUCCUGAAAAGACUAAAUUUCACGUUAAAACAUGACAUCUGAGUAUCGUCCAAGAAUUAUUGUGAACGGAACAAGAAGAACAAGAACAUUCCAUUACUUCUAUUGCCGUCAUUGCAGCCGCACCAUUAGGCUCCAAAACUAUGGUCUAUAUGGUCCUUUAUGUCCUCUCUGUUCUAGAGAGAUCAAUCUCCACGAUGAGCUUGACAUUAUGAGGCUAAACCGGCCUUAUUGGGAUACCGAUACCGAUUGGAUCACUCUCCAUCUUGUCAACUCAACGAGAAGCAACCGGUUAAAUCAUGAACUAGUUAAUACCGAUGAUGAAUUCGCUGAUGUCUUGCCUAACGAACGUGUCGGUCCACCACCGGCCUCUCCAUCCGCCAUUGAGGCUGUAAAUACGGUGACGGUCUCGGAAGAAAAUUUGGCAAAAGAGAUGGUUUGUGCGAUAUGCAAGGAGGAGUUUGAAGUUGGAGAGGAAGGAAAAGAGUUGAAAUGUUUGCAUUUGUACCAUCCAAGCUGCAUUGUGUCUUGGUUGAAUAUUCAUAAUACUUGUCCCAUUUGUCGCUUUGAGGUUAACUUAGGCGUUUCCCAUUGUCACGUUGAUGGAGAAGGGUCUCACAACCUCGGCAAUGGUCGAUCAAAUCGCAUUCGAACUAGGGUUUGUUCUUUGCGGCCUCUCCGAAUGAUGUUUGAUUGGGUACAUAAUCUCCUCGAAAUAUUGCAGAUGUAAGAAUAACAAACACUUGAAAAACAUCAAAGAUAUUGCGAACAAGAAAAUAAAAUCAAGAGGUAACGAGGAUUAAAGGCGAAAAGAGGCGUUUAUAGUCUUUUCGUGAAACAAAACUCUGACUAUAUUUUAUGUAAAUAUCAUCAAAUAAUUAUCUUUGAUUCCUUUGGAAGUUGUACGUAACUCCUGUAAAUAAAAUUAAGAAUUAUGGUGAAAAUGUUUUAGUUGGUAGAUCAUACGAUGAAAUAGAUUAGCCAUGGAUAUAUUUAUCCGGAACCUAA